AAAAAUCCAACCUUUAAAGCCCAACGAUUUCCUGAAAGGGUCGCGUCAUCCGAUACUCCUCCUUUAUCUGUCACUCCAAGGAUAAAACAACGCUGCUAAAGUUCAAGGUGACUUUGUAGUACGAAGAACUGGAUAACUAAAGCAAUCUCCUGGCCGCUGCUGUCAUGUCAGACCUCAGAGAAGAUGGCGAACUAGAGAGCGAUCACAUGGUUGACUUUUCGCUAAUGAACAACCGACUUCACUCAUUCAAUGGCUCCAGUCUGUCCAAACAGGUGCCCGCAGAGCGACUGGCACGGGCUGGUUUCUACUUUACCGGAGAAGGCGAUCGCGUUCGUUGUUUUAGUUGUAAGAUGACAGUAGAAAACUGGUGCAGAGGCGACACACCUGUAGAAAGGCAUAAGGAGGUUUCCCCAUUGUGCAAGUUUCUCAGAUGCACCCAUUGCACCAAUUUCCAGCACAGUUCACAGCUGACUGGCUCCAGAUACAAUGAGGAAGCCGAGGACAUGGAAUAUCGUUUGAGAACGGGGGAAGUGGUUGACGAAACCACCUACCCAAUGGUUCCUCACAUGAGGAGGGAGGAGGCCAGACGUCAGACAUUUUCCUCUUGGCCGUCCGAUCUUCCUGUGACACCCAGAGAUCUGGCCCAAGCUGGCCUCUACUACUUGGGCCAGGGCGACAGGGUGCAGUGUUUUUGUUGCGGUGGCAUGCUCGGGGGCUGGGAGGCAGGAGACACGGCCUGGGGUGAACAUAGCAAACAUUUUCCCUGUUGCUUCUUCAUCCUUGGCCAUGAUGUGGGAAACAUCCCAUCUGAGGACAGUACAGGAGAGGAGAAUCACCGCAGUCCACCUCAAGUAAAUACUCUCAGCCCUAUGGGGAGUUUGGAAGAAAGGCUGGGCAGCUUUGCGGGGAUCCGGCACCCAAUAGAUCAUGCUCGACUUGCAACGGCUGGCUUCUACAGCACUGGGACAGGAGACAUGGUGAUGUGUUUUCGUUGUGGUGGAGGAUUAAAAAGCUGGCAGCCUGAUGAAGACCCGUGGGAGGAGCAUGCCAGAAGUUACCCUGGAUGCAGCUACUUGCUGGAAGAAAAAGGAGAAGAAUUUAUCAACAGCAUCCAGCUACAAGACCCUCAAAGAGAUAAUGCUAGCCAAAGUAACCAGAAUGGAUUCACAACAUACAGAAACGAUGAGGACCCAUUAGAGACAUUAAGGAAACUGCAGAGGGAAAAACAGUGCAAAGUAUGUAUGGACAAAGAUACUUGCAUCGUCUUCAUCCCGUGUGGUCAUCUGGCCACAUGUGAGGACUGUUCACAGACACUUACUAAGUGCCCAAUUUGUUGUGGGGCCAUUACGCAGAAGGUCAAGACUUACAUUGCUUAAGAAAAACAAGCUUUUGCCAAUCCAAUUUACCAUGCUGCUAUCUCAAUCCCUGACAUUGUAUUUUAUUAAUUGUAGAUAGCCUGUAAUAUUGCAAAAGACUAGCUAAUUGAGUACUUUAUAAAAUUAUUUUUGUUUACAGAUUGAUAGUAAGGAAACAUUGUUUUUCCCCAUUCCACAGGUACCUUUGAAUACAUUUUCCAUAUGUUUGGUGUUAGAACAGCUCAAACUGACUUGUAGUUGGAUAUACUGUACUCAAAUUUACUUUUGUUUGCUUUUAUUUCAUAGUUUGACAGUUUUAAGAUUUUACUUCUUACUCCAUGGUUAUUUGUGUUUAAAUUAAUGAUAAUAUAACACCUAUAAAGACAAUACUAUGUGUUAUGAAAGCUAUUUCAGUAAUAAAAUUGAAUAAUUGAUCAUAAAA